CUCCAAGUCUCCCAGCCGAUUUAACGGAGGGAAAGGAAAUAUCCAACGCAAGAGACCAGCCAUCGUCCAAGCUUCCCUAUUGGGCCGCUCCAACCCUCCCACCCGAUUGAACUGUUGAGGACGGAAAAACCAGAGGAAAAACCCGGGGAAAAUUUAGGAAAAAUCAACGGAAAAAAAAGGAAAAAUCAACGGAAGAAAAAAAAUGGAAAUACGGAAAAAAUCUAAAGGUAUCGCCUUUCCCCACAUAGAUUGAUAUUUUUUUUCUUUUCAUUUCGUUUUCUUUUUCGGAGAUCUGUGGGGAAGGAGGACACCGGAGAGAGAUCGGAGGGGUUUCUUAAGUUCCGUUUGGGGUUUUAUCUGAGGCAUAUGGGUUUUGUGGGAGUUGUUGCGCUGUGAGUUUGUCCCUCGAGGUUUUGAGAGCUUAAUCUUGGUAGAAGCAUGAUAUUUUGUAGGGUUUGGGGAUUUUUCAUCGAAAGGAUUCUUCUUUGGCUGCAAAAUUUUCAAUUCAUGAGGCUCUGUUAUCAUGAUAACGAUGUGGGGUCUAGCUGAUGGGGAUCGCCGGCGGGUGGCAUUUUCGGUGGAGGUGAUGGGGGCUGCUGCAUAAGAAGAGUUCAGAACCCAAACGGCAUCCUCUCCGAUGCCUCCAUCGUUGCCAUGGACGACCAUUCCGUCUUCGCCAUGCUCCCUAUGGUCAAGGGCAUCGGCGCCUCGUCCGUCCACAUGUUCAUAUGAUCUUCUCUCUCCACUGCCCACCGUCCGAUGUGCUCCUAUAACACGUGGGAUUGGAAUGGCAGAUGGUAGACAUGAUGAACUUGCGGACCUCGGAGGUCUGACUACAUCAAUAGGGCAACUAAACAUUGAAAAUGCUUCAGUGCUGUCUAUUAGGAGAGAUCAAAAUGAUCGACAAGAUGAUGGAACUGAUGAUUUUUGGUGUGAAGAUGAUUUUUCUAAUGACAUUUUAGAUGAUGGCUCAAGUCAUGCAUCCGUAUUAAACAGAGAAGGGAGGUUCAGGCAUAAUAAAAAUCAUACAAUGGGAUAUCGAGAUGGUAUAACAGCAGGCAAGGAAGCUUCUGCACAAGAGGGUUUUAAUGUUGGCUUUAGGCAAUCUGUGCAUGUUGGUUAUAGGUGGGGCCUUGUCAGGGGCAUUACUAGUGCGCUCGCUGGCCUCUCAGAUUCCGCUAAGGAAAAGUUGGUGAAGCAGUUUGAGAAUAGAGAUAGGUUUCAGAAUUUGGAUAAAUCUGUGCAAGCAAUAUCUGCAAAUGAUGCUCUCAAAAUGUAUUAUAAUAGCAUCUUACAGAAUGAAUCCGUGCAAUCCCAUGAUCAUCCAGAAGGAGAUCUGCAAGCAGCAUCCUUGACAGAUGAAGAUUCAAUCUCCAAUAAGUUAGAGAGUCUGUAUAACGACCUUAUUUCUCUUCUCCAUGAUACUCCAGAAAUUAAUGUAACUGCAAUUAAGACCUGAGUUGGUUGAAUGACCUUCCCGUUAAAGGAAUGGUCUGGUAUUAUAUGAAUGAACAAAUAGCAUGUAUUCCUUAUAUUGUGGCUUAUCGGUUACAUUUCACCGCAAAACUGUUACCAUGCUGUUCUGUGCUAGUGCAUUAUAGACUGGAAUGCUGUAAUCUGUAGAGAUAUGCUUUUUGUUGUUUU